AAAAAAAGAGUCUGUCAGUCUUGAAUCAAAUACUUUCACGUUAAGACAAUGGAGGGCGGUGUGCGAUUUGUCUGAUCUUUGUUCGGAUGGAAUUUCGAUUUACUUCGACCCUAACCCUCGGUGCUUAUAUAUAUUCUUCUUUCAUGCAUAUAAGACCGCGAUUAUUCGAUAACUGAAACAAUUUGAGAAUGGCAAGUAGUUCAAACAACAGUGAUCGUAAGAAAGCAGAACUGUUACAAUGUGCUUGGAAGAGUAUUCAGCACGAAGAACUAACCGAACUCGAACAUGCUGCAGCUCAGGCCAAAAACGGUGAAAAAGACGACCAACAGCUCACACAACUCACUGAAAAAAUCAUACAACAUUUCCAGGAGCACUCUAACAACCGUAUCCGCCUAGCCCGAAAUGACGUGUACCCCUUCUUCUCACCAGCCACGUGUACCACGUUAGAGAAUUCGGUACUCUGGAUCGGUGGGUGCAGGCCUUCUUCAUUCAUCCGAUUGAUUUACGCGCUCAGCGAAGUGGAGGAAUCUCGCCUUGAUGGGAUCGAAACCGGGGAUUUCAGCGAGUUAACUGGGAAACAGCUGAGUAUGAUUGACGAGUUGCAACGAAAGACGAUUCGAGAAGAGAGGGGGAUUUCGACGAAAUUGGCUAGUUUACAAGAGGACAUCGUGGAUCAACCGCUCACAGGGAAGCUGAAAAAAGAGGGACAUGAUUGUGAGAAUGCAGAUGCAGAUUUGGAUGAACAUAGCAGACACAUGGCGGAUGUAAUUGAAGAAGGUGAUCAACUGAGGAUGAAGACGUUGAAGGAAAUAGUGAACAUACUUGAACCGGUUCAGGCGGUGGAAUACUUAGCAGCAGCUAAGAAGAUCAGGUUUUGUCUGCAACAAUGGGGAAAGAAGAGGGAUCAGCAGCAUAAAGAGUAGUACAAUUGGGAUCAAUUUAGCUACUUCUUUUUUAUCUUUUUUUUUAAUAAUAAUAAUAAUAAAUGGGAAGGGAAAAUAAACAUGUGUGGGUGACUCUUAUGCUGCUUUUAAUAGUAAUACUAGUUUUAUUUUUUCUCGUUUGAUGCUUCAA